AUGUUGAUCCUCGACAGCUUUCCGACCAUGGCCGUGGGAAGCCCUUCGAAGAAUCCUGUGCAGGCGAGGCUCGAGGCCUUGCAGGCCAAAUAUCCCCAGUACCACAUCGUACUAUGGUACUCCGAUGCGGGAUCGUGCUUCAACUUUCUGCCCGGCACCCGAUGGGUUGGACGGACGAGCGAGGAAAUUCCCACCAGCCGUACCUUGCCGACCUUCAGGAACGGCACCCGUCACUUCGAGUGUUACUUCAUAAUCGAGGGAACCUAUGAGUAUGAUCACAAGAAGAUGAGGUCAAAUAACUACUCUACGUACGUGGCUUCCACGGCUGAAUUCGACUUUGAGAAGAAGCAGUGUAUCAUGAGGCCCAAGCCCGAGUUCUCUGCGUCCUGCUGGAUGAAAUACUUGGACGAUGACUUGAGCCUGAAGGACCUGACCCUGCCCGGAACUCGCUGCAGCAGUGCGACGUCCGUUUGGAUCAACGACGCAGGGGAUCUAGACGUUGAGCCGCAGAUCGAAGACAGGAGGCUGAAGUCAAGAAUACUCGAAAUGCACAAGUACCACAAGAGCAGCAUCCUCAACCAGCUGAAAAGCGGCGUGCGGCUUCUCGACCUCCGCUGCGACGGCUUGCGCACCCUCCGACAUGGGCCGCUAACUAUAGAAAAGCAGCUGGACGACGCACUGGACCAAGUCAAGACGUUUCUGACCGACAACGACUCGGAGACGGUCAUGGUGAUGCUCAGCUUCUCAUCGGCAACCGCCGCGUACGACGCCGCCAAGCCCUGGUCCGAAGGGUACUCGGUCAAGGCCGACGACGUGCCGGAGCACUUCAACAAGGACGUCAGCAGAGAAAUGCAGAGAGACAAAGACCUGUAUACCGGCACGGAGUGGCCCCGUCUCGGCGACGUGCGCGGCCAGGCCGUCAUCUUCCGCGGGUGGGGCCUGGACUCGGGUGCGAACCGGUGGGCCCUGGACUGCCGGCUGCCGGCGUGGGACUCGGUCAACGGCUCCCCGUCGUCCACCAAGGCCGCCGAGCUCGCCGAGCAGAGGUGGAGUGAGAUCGUGGAGGACUUCCGCAGCCACGACUCGCUCAAGUCGAUAGUCCUGGCGGCCUCGCUCAACCACGACCCCGGGUGCGACACCACCUGGAUUCCCCCCUUGCACACGGCGCCCAUCCUCCAGAAGAAGGCGGAGGAGCACAUCAACCAGUGUCCGAGGCAGCUGCAGCGGUUAUGGAUCUACGGCGACGACAUGGAUGAGAAGACAAACAUGGCGAUCGCGAAGCUGAAUAUCUGGGGGUCGGACGACGAGGGGGUCAACAGACCACCGCCGGUCGCUUCCAAAACUGCGUGA